UGGGGAGCGGGAGCGGCUGCCCGGCGUUCGGCACGCCCCGGGCGGGGCGGGCCCUGGCGGUGAAAAGGCGUCUGAGGGGGAGGCGGCGCCUCUCGGCCGCGGCGCCUCACGGGAUCCGCCGAUGCUGGCACCGUCCCGGCUGCCGAGCCUCCUCCUCCUGCUCCCCCGGCUGCGCUCCGUCGCUCCCGGCCUCGCCACCAUGAGCUCCGCCACCGGCACCGUCACCGUGCAGCAGCCCCUCAACUACCGCGCGGGCGCCCGCGUCCAGCCCGCCGACGGCGGGCAGCUGGAGGAGGUGUUCGAGCCUGCCACAGGUCGUGUGCUGUGCAAGCUGCCCUGCUCUGGGGAGAAGGAAGUUGAUCUGGCUGUGCAGAGUGCAAAAGCUGCCUUUAAAAUAUGGAGUCAGAUGUCAGGCAUGGAGCGGUGCCGAGUGAUGCUGGAGGCUGCCAGAAUUAUUCGGGAGCAGAGGGAGGAAAUUGCCACCAUGGAGACGAUCAACAAUGGGAAAUCCAUCUUUGAGGCCAGAGUGGACAUCGACAUAUCCUGGCAGUGCCUGGAGUAUUACGCAGGGCUGGCAGGAUCUCUGGCGGGUGAACACAUCCAGCUUCCCGGGGGAUCCUUUGGAUACACUCGGAGAGAACCACUUGGGGUGUGUGCUGGGAUUGGAGCCUGGAAUUAUCCUUUCCAGACUGCCUGCUGGAAGGCUGGCCCGGCCUUGGCUUGUGGCAAUGCGCUGGUCUACAAGCCUUCACCCUUCACCCCUAUUUCUGUGGUGAAGUUGGCAGAGAUCUUCACAGAGGCUGGAAUGCCCAAGGGGCUCUUCAACGUGGUGCAGGGUGGGGCUGCCACGGGCCAGUUCCUCUGCCAGCACCCAGAUGUGGCCAAAAUCUCUUUCACUGGCAGUGUGCCAACUGGCAUGAAGAUCAUGGAGAUGGCAGCUAAAGGGAUAAAGCCGGUCACCCUGGAGCUGGGGGGCAAAUCCCCCCUUAUCAUCUUCUCAGAUGCUGACCUGGAGAAUGCUGUGAAGGGAGCCCUCAUGGCCAACUUCCUGACUCAGGGCGAGGUGUGCUGCAAUGGCACCAGGGUGUUUGUGGAGAGGAAGAUCCUGGAUACCUUCACAAAGGAGGUGGUGAAACGCACCCAGAAAAUCAAAAUUGGAGACCCUCUUCUGGAAGACACACGGAUGGGAGCCCUCAUCAACAAGCCCCACCUGAAUCGUGUGCAGGGCUUUAUCAAGCAGGCGAAGGAGCAGGGGGCAGAGGUGCUGUGUGGUGGGGACCUGUAUGUGCCAGAUGACCCGAAGCUGAAGAAUGGCUACUACAUGCGGCCCUGUGUGUUAGGGAACUGCAAGGAUGACAUGACGUGUGUGAAGGAGGAGAUCUUUGGGCCUGUCAUGGCCAUCCUGCCCUUUGACACGGAGGAGGAGGUUCUGGAGAGAGCCAACGCCACUAAAUUUGGCCUGGCAGGUGGUGUCUUCACCAGGGAUAUCCAGAAGGCUCACAGGGUAGUGGCUGCUCUCAACGCUGGCAUGUGCUUCAUCAACAACUACAACGUGAGCCCAGUGGAGCUGCCCUUUGGGGGAUACAAGUUCUCAGGAUUUGGCAGGGAGAACGGCCGGGCAGCCAUCGAGAGCUACUCGCAGCUGAAGACUGUCUGCGUGGAGAUGGGGGACGUGGAGUCUGUGUUUUAGUGCCUCCAGGGAGCAUCAGGCAGCUCCUUCCUGCCAGCCAGAGGUGUGGAUCAUGUACACAGCAAUAAAGUACCCUACAGUUGUCAGUGCCCGGGGGAAGCUGAGCUGGAGCAGCGUUUAGCCACCCUGCUCCUGCAAGGGGGGGUGGGACGCACAGGGCUCAGCUCUGACCUGGCUGGUGGACAGUGGGAAGCUCAGAGCACGAGGCACCAGUCUGGAUUUUGGCAGCAGCUCCUGCAGCCACAGAGGUGUUACCAGAGGCUUGUCAGCGGCCAAGGCCAGGCCCAGGCUUCCCAGGCUGUGUGCCUUGAUUCCCAUUGCCUUCCCCCCUCCAUCAGCUUCAGUUCUGGCUUCUUAAAAGGUAGGAUACUACUCAGUGCAGGUGUAAGCUCUUGGACACAAAGGUAUCCUGUAACUAUCCUGACCCUGUCUAUUCUGUAACCACAUAAAAGCUGUGAGUGCAGCAUUGUUUAUUCCCUCCAGACCCUUAGUAACCUCAAGUUUUGUUUUUUUCUCUCUGUACCUUCCUUACAAGUGGGAUAAAACAUUGUGGGGAGGGUUGGCUGAUAGUGCCUGGGCCAGGCAUGGCCCUGAGAAUCACCACAAGAGUGGUGGUGAGCUCCAGCACAGAAUAGUGAAAGCUAUCUCCCUUCCUUCCUGUAGACUUACUGUUCUUUAUACACACGAUGAAGCAACAACUGCAAUUGUUUUCUCAUGCCUUUUUUUAGCAAUUAAAUAAAUACUUACUCUGGA